AUGGCAGUGUUCCGCGACGAGGUGGAAAUCGAGGACUUCCGAUAUGACGAGGACUCGGAGACGUAUUUCUGUCCCUGCCCAUGUGGAGAGAACUUUGCCAUCACCAAAGAAGAUCUGGAGAACGGGGAAGGCGUGGCAACGUGUCCUAGCUGCUCUCUCCUUACAAAAGUGACUUAUGACAACGAUCAGUCUGCGUGUGGAGAACCGGUCCCAGCCCCUUCAGUCAACAAAGAAUUAAGUGCUGACGAAGCCUUCAGGAAUCCGAAUCCUGGAAAUGAGCCCAGAUAG